AUGGUCGAGAUCAUCUUGGACCCGAGUAUCCGCGACUGGGUCGUGCUGCCCAUGAUCAUCAUCUUCGGAUGCUCGGCGAUGGUGCGUCACUACGUCACGCUGCUGCUGAAGAACGAGAAGAUGGCGAGCGUCGAGCAACUCCUGCCCAUGAACACGAUCAAGCGCGCGCAGAUCACGCGCAUCAAUUCCAAGUUCAUUGCACCGGACGCCUUUGCCGUGCGCAAGUACUACUUUACAUCGUCACAGAAGAAAGACGGUCGAAAAGGGGCGUUGCGGGAGAAGGUCAAGAGCGAGGCGAUGAACCAGAUGAUGAACCCCAAUAGCAUGCUGGAAAUGAUGAAGGGCAACAUGACCUUCAUGGUGUCUAACUUUGUCAUGAUGGGGCUCAUGGGCUACUUCUUUGGCGGCUUCGUGCUAGCAAAGGUACCGUUCUCGCUUACGCAGAAAUUCAAGAUGAUGCUGCAGCGUGGCAUUGAGAUCAAUACGCUGGACGUGUCGUACGUCUCGUCGGUCUCCUGGUACUUCCUCGUAAGCUUUGGCAUGCGUGGGUUCCUCUCGCUAGUUCUUGGCGAAAUGAGUGCAAGCGACGACGCCAAGGCCAUGCAGAUGCAGAUGGGCAUGGGCGCUGGCCCCAACAUGACUUUUGAUGCGCCCAAGGCGUACAAACAAGAGCGCGUGAGUCUUCGCUUGCACAAUCACGAGUGGGACCUAGAGCACGCGGAGAAGAAGCUACUGGGCGAGCCCAUCUCGACGAAGCCCAAGUUGAUCGCCACACUGUCAUCCUCCAGCUCAACGACAAUCACUACGGAAAAGCGCUCGUCCAAGUACACGAAGGUUUCUAAGCGAAAGUAG